AAAAUGUGAAAAGAAAGGAAGAAAACUGUAAUUAAUGGAUAAAGGCCCCUGCAAGCUUCAUUUAUUAUUUUUAUGACUAUAAUAACUGACAACCAUCGCCUCCCUUCCGCUGCCGCCAUUUCCCAAAACCACCAAAACUCACCGCUUCUCUCUAUUUCCCCAAAAUUUAUCUGAAAAUACAUAACUUAGCGCCAAAACAACAAUGUCUUUCAAGAACCGAUCUCCGACGACGAUUCUUCAACCGCAACCGCAGGAUCUCAAACAACGCGUUUAUACUUGCCUCAACAAGCUCGCUGACCGCGAUACUCUUGCCGUCGCUUCCGCCGAGCUCGACUCCAUCGCUCGCAACCUCACUGCAGAUUCCAUCUCUCCCUUCCUUAACUGCCUCUACGGCACCGAUUCUUCAUCCAAGUCUCCGGUUCGGAGACAAUGCGUUUGCCUUUUGACGUUGUUGUCUCGUUCGCACGGCAACGCACUGUCUCCUCACCUUUCUAAGAUGGUUUCCACGCUUUCACGCCGGCUACGAGACCCUGACUCCGCCGUCCGAUCCGCCUGUGUCGAGGCAACCGCCGCAAUGUCGUCUCACAUCACUAAACCUCCGUUUUCGGUUUUGUCGAAGCCGUUGAUCGAAAUGCUCGUUGUGGAGCAAGACGUGAACUCGCAGGUCGGAGCCGCGAUGUGUUUGGCGGCGGCGAUCGAUGCGGCUCCGGAUCCUGAGUCGGAGCAGCUUCGGAAGGUGUUGCCGAAGUUAGGGAAGUUAGUUAGGAACGAAAGUUUCAAGGCGAAAGCAGCAGUGUUUGGAGUUAUAGGAAGCGUCGCUAGUGUUGGCGGUGCCGGAAGUAAAAGUGUUUUGGAUUGGUUGGUGCCUUGUGCGGUGGAUGCUUUGAGUAGCGAAGAUUGGGCAACGAGAAAGGCGGCAGCGGAGGCGUUGGGGAAAGUGGCGAUGGCGGAGAAAGAGCUGACAGCGGAGUUUAAAUCGGCGUGUGUGGUGGCUCUAGAAAAUAAGAGGUUUGAUAAGGUAAAGAUUGUACGAGAAACUUUCAAUCGUAGUUUGGAUUUAUGGAAGGAAGUUCCUGGAGUUUGUGAGGUCUCAGCUCCUUCUCAGUCCGACUCAUCUUCAGUAGAAACAGGUAAUGGUAGCUUUGGAUGCUUUCCUUCAGUUACAAAAAGUGUCGAUAAUGCUGGUUUUAGAACUCUACAAUCAAAGAAAGUAGUCCCCACAAGCAGGUCGCCUCCAUCGGAUGCUUCAACCGAGCCCACUGCCAAGAAAGAGACACACCUGAGCAGUAAUUAUAGGAAUUGGAAUAUAUCGGAUUUCAGUAAGUUGGACCGCACAAAACCCUCUGGUUGUAAGACUGAAAUUGCUGAGCCGAGGAAGUCUCUGUUUUUUAAGGCCUAUGAUAAUAUCAAGAAUGGUGACCUUGGAGUAAUGGAGUCGAGAGAAAUUGGGGACAGCAGAGAUUCUAGGUUGGAGACAAAACGUGUACUCUUUGCUAAGGUCCGUGAUGAAAAUGUUCAGAAAUAUGGAGGUUUGAAAACUGGAUCUCGGGUGGUUCCAUUUCAUGAUGAGAAUUUAGAUUUUGAUGACAAAAAAGCAGCUGUAGAAGCUGAUGAGAACCGCAAAGAGGUUGAAGAUCUGUCUUUGAUACGUGAACAGCUUGCUCAGAUUGAAGACCAGCAAUCCAAUCUAUUAAAUCUCCUCCAGAAAUUCAUUGGGAGCUCCCAAAGUGGGAUCAAUUCUCUAGAGACACGCGUGAAUGGCCUGGAGAUGGCUCUGGAUGAAAUAUCUUAUGAUUUGUCUCUUUCAAAUGGAAGGAUUCCAAACAUGGAUUCUGCAGAUAAAACGUGUUGCAAGCUGCCUGGUACAGAAUUUUUGAGUCCCAAGUUCUGGAGGAAACCUGAAGGUCGGUUUUCUACUUCAAGGUUAUCUUCUUCUGGGCGCAUGCUUUCCCUAAAUGCUGCACGUAACAUACCUGAUAAAGAUUCUCGCGCUGAAACGUAUAUACCAGCAGUGAGCCAAAGGCAUCAGCAUCAAGGUUGCGGUGGAUUUAUAAUGAAUCCAGUGGCUGAUGGUUGCAACGGUAUAACUGAUAAUUCAGGGUCCUCAAAUAGAUUGUCAAAGAAUACCAUUCAAAAUGCUGAGAGGGUUCAGCUUGGAAAUGGUAGCGAUCCUGAUGGGACGACUUUAGUUCGUUGUACUUCAUCAAUGAAACCUUAGAAGCAGGUAAUGUAAUUUCACUGUGUUUUAUUAUAUAAUUCUUUAUUCAAAUCAAUAAA